ACUACAGACCACAUUAUCUAGAGGUGAUCUCUACCCGUAAACCGCGACGCAUUAAACAGAUCCGUGGUUAACCGAUAGCCCCGCGUCCACGGUGCGCGAGAAAUUUUUCAAAAAUAUAAAGUGCGCGGCAAAUUCAUCCCUGCAACAUACAACCGCUGCACACUGAGCGUUCGCUCCUCUCCGCGUUGUGCGGACAACAGUGUGAAAGACCGCGGCACGCUCUCCGGUACUUCCUGUGUAGCCGCAGAAGUCUGCAGUACCGAUUCCUUCCCGCGCAUCUCGUAUAUUUGAAUGUUAUACCUUGCCCUUUCAUUACUCUAAAAUCGGAUGAGAUGAGCUCGGUCGACGGUAGGCGACGCGGUAUUGCAGUCCGGAUGCUGGUCAAUUCGAUCGUUUCAUUUACUCAUUGAUCGGACGUGAUUGGCUGAUUUGCCCGGAGGCUUCGCAAGAUAUUACAACCAAAUUCAAUCAGCUGUAAAACUCACUCCUACUUGCCCUAUAGAGAGGAGCUUCAAUCCGAAAUUCGUCAGAGGUUACAACAGGGGCACGGAGAUGGUGCGAGAAAUUGGAAGAGAUUCGUCAACCCUUCCUGGGAACGGUGACGCUUCGCAGCGCCGACUGGCUCGCUUCGGUUCUUACGUAAUGAAAUGACGUAAAUGUGCAAAUACCGACUCUUUGUGGAGGAUAAAUUGUGCAGUGUUCGACUUAUGCAUAUCGGUUAAACCUAAAACAAAAUAAAACGGAAAAACGAAUCCGCUCACAGUCGACAACGUCGGAAAUCGCAUCAAGCCACGUCGCGCAUCGACGGUUCUCCGUUAUUGCCAGUAGAAGGACGAGGGUGAGAGGAAAGGGGAUACGGACUGUGGUUUAAUUUGACGUGAGAAGUGAAAAAAAAUAGAGAUAAAAAAUUCAUAGUAGUUUAUAGACUGGCUUUACGAAAGUUUCGUAAGUUUAAAACACUUUGCGGAUGGAAAGCAAAGCUUAAAGCGAGCUGACGAAUUACCAGAGCCAAACUAACACCGAAAAUAAAACUAUAGAUGAUACAUGAUACGGUGCAGAAAGUGCGCGUGUUGGGUGUAAAGUGCAGUCGUAAUUUCGUGUCAAAAAGGUAAAUUCUCUACUAAAACGAACCACUUGCAACAAUAUAUGAACGUAUAGAACAAAUAUAGCAUAGUGUAUUCAGUGGAUCUAAUUACUUUGAGUGAAUAGUAGUUAAUAAACAAUAGAAAUUAUUCAAAUAUCGCGCAGCGUAAUGUAAUGUGAUACUGAACGAAAUUCUAAUUUCUGAAUAUAUAAUAUUUAAAAUUAAUCGAAAUUGAUAAAAAUUUUUAGGUAUACUUCAUAUACCUUUAUGCAUUUAUCAUUGAAGUUAAACGAGUACGAGUAGAAGAAAAAACAGAGUAUAUAAUAAUUGCAAAUUUAUAUCUGAUCGGUUGAUCAGUUAGUUAAUUGACCAAAUACAGUUAAUAACAAAAGUGGUUGAAAAACUAAAAUCGUAUAUACGCAGAGGGAAGAAGAGACGGACAUGCGCGGCGGUCAUGCGGGCUGAACCUAAGAAACAGCGUUCCCCUCUGCAGCACCCAAAAGUGAUUCAAAUCCUCGAAAGAUGAGUACCAUCGACUUCGAUGACGUGCUCGUGCACGUGGGUGAGAAAGGACGGUACCAAAACAUCAUGUACUAUCUUCUCUGCAUACCAGCCACUCUGCCAGCCGCCUUCCUUGCCUUUUCGCAAGUGUUCGUGAGCGCGUCGCCGGAGCAUUGGUGCCGCAUCCCGGAGCUGGAAAACUCGAAUUUGACGCUGGACCAAAGGAAGGCAUUGUCGUUACCCUACACCCCGAAGUCGGACGGCCGGCGCUCGUACUCUCGGUGUUACAUGUACGACGUAAAUUACACCGCCAUUAUCGAAGCCUGGUUGCACCAGGAGGCGGCCGCCAACUCAUCGAGGACCUCGAGCAACGGCGCGCCCGGGCUUCCACCGGUGGGUAGCACCGAUUGGCCCAUCAGUAAGUGCCAACACGGGUGGAUAUACGACAGGAAGGACUACGACAGUACCCUAGUCACAGAGCUAGACCUGGUAUGCGACAACGGCUGGUGGCCCUCAACGUCCACAACGUUUUUCUACGUUGGAAGCCUAUUUGGGAAUGUCGUUUUUGGAUGGAUCGCGGACAAGUGGGGUCGACGAACAGCCUUCUUUGCCAUACUUUUUCUCGAGGUGAUAAUAUCCAUCGCAACGAGCUUCAGCCCUAACUACGUCAUUUACACAGCCUUGAGGACCGUCAAUGGCCUCUUUUUUCCAGCUAUUUACCAAAUACCAUUUAUUCUAGCCCUUGAAUUAAUGGGACCAAGAUACAGAACCUUUGCUGGGAUGGUAAUCUGCAUGUUCUUCGCAACGGCGAUGUCUUUGCUGGCCUUGCUUGGUUACCUCCUGAGGCAUUGGUACGCCUUGUCUCUGGCCACUUCGGUUCCCUUCGUCCUCCUCUUCAGCUACUACUGGAUAAUCCCAGAGUCCCCGCGCUGGCUGCUGAGCAAAAAUCGUAUCGAUGAAGCAGAGGUAAUAGUUCAACGGAUGGCCAAGGUCAACGGAAAGACAGUCCCGUCAAAUUUCCUGAGAAAGAUGGAGAUGGAUAUAUUAAAAAAGCAGGGUAUAUCCUGCAACGGAAGGAACUUCGGCGGUGCGGAAAACAGACCACCGCCACCUUCCGCGACUCCGAUGGAUUUGAUCAGAAAUCCAAACAUAAGAAAAAAGUUCUUCAUCCUCGCUUUCGACUGGGUGGCGAACGCCGUCGUCUACAACGGCCUCUCGUACAACACUACCAACCUAGGGGUAUCUGACUAUUUGGCCUUUUUUAUCGGAGGCAUUGUCGAGAUACCAUCAUACGUCAUUACCUGGUACGCAAUGGACAGGUUAGGCAGACGCUGGGUUCUCUGCUUGACGAUGCUACUCGGAGGCGUCGCAUGUGUGUCCUGCAUGUUCGUCCCGGAAGACGCAGUCUGGGUGACCGUGUCUUUGGCGAUGGUCGGAAAAUUUGGAAUAGCCGCGUCCUUCGCAGUCUUCUACGUAUUCGUGGGGGAGCUUUUACCAACGGUACUGAGAUCACAGGCAAUGGGAAUCGCAUCGUUCAUCGCCGGGAUCGGCCUGCUAACUUUUCCUUACAUAGUACACUUGGCGGUCUACUCAAGAGUGCUACCGCUGAUAGUGAUGGGCUCUUUGAGUGUCGCCGGAGCUCUGACCUCAGUUUUCCUCCCAGAGACCCUCAACAUUCAUUUACCGCAAACGAUCGAAGAGGGCGAGCUAUUUGGCGCAGAUUUCAAACUCUGGUCUUGCCCGACGAGUGCAUCAAAAAAAACCGAAAUCGACAAAACAACGGAAGUGCCAGUGAGGUACUUGGUGAACGGCCGACCGGGCAGUCAGACGACAGGCGACGUUCAGGAUAUUCCCGAUGCUGCCAGGAUCACUCUACCACUUCCCGAGGGCAAUCUGGAGAAUGCGGAAUCUCGAGAAUCUGGAACAGACUUAACCUGGGGCGACGAAAAGGUCUGAGCACUAGGUUCUCGCGCAGAAUUCCUGUGCUAAGGACCCAGCAGCUUGCACUUCGAGAUUCAACUCACCGGAAUGAAGAAAGUGGUCAAAAAAAUGACCCGGUUUCCCGACAGAUAACUUGUAACGACUUUGUAUUAUAUCGCUGUAGGCACACAUUGUAUUUAUUUUUCCAUUUAAUAUAUCGUCUUUCGUUUCUAAGAAACACUUCUGUC